GCUUCGAAAGGAGACCAUAAAAACAAGAGCGAAGUGGUCGUGGCGAGAGCGUAUAUUCGUUCGCCACAACAGUUCCGAAGAUAAUUUCCAUUCUCCCCCGUUUUGGAGAUCGCUGUACUUUCGCAGUUCUUAAGAGUGUCGCCAGGUUCUUUGUCUACUGCCUUUUCCACAAAUGAGGUGCUCAAACUAGGAAUUUAAAUGAGUAUAAAAUAUAAAGCGAAACAGCCAGGCAGGCUUCCGAACAUGUUGACUUCUGAGUAGAACUAUAAUGCCCCUUAUUCUCAACCACUGAUUGUUUCGGCUAAGGAUGGUGGGGAUUAUAAUGCAGUGCAUUUGGAUGGCAGGGGGGCAAUUCGCCUAUGUGGUUACAGUACAGUAGUGGGUUGAUGUUUAAAAAAGACUAAGCACCUACUGAGCCAGGAGUACAGAAGGUCCUUAAACGAGGGACUUGCUUCUUAAAAGGAUUAAUUCUGUCUCAGAAUUACUUUGACUUUUCAUCACUUACAUUCAUUAAGCAGUUCUUUCUGUGUUAAAAUUCUGCAGGAACCUGAGGAAGUUGUCCCAAAUUUAGAACCAGAGAAGAAACUCUUGUGAUUUUUUUGGCUUGGUUGUUUUUUAAGGAAUUGAAAGUAAAAAUGGGAGAAGUUGCAAUUUCCUUUCCAGAUGAUACGUUAUCUCACCUGGAAAAGUUGGAGGCUUCUGCCCACAAAGUAGCACUGAAACAAAGAAAAAUAAGGGAGCAUGAGGAGAAGGUGUUAAGGAUGAAAAUGAAGAUCCAGGAGCUGAGACGUCAAAGAGAUGAGUUAAAAACCAAACUAAAUGUGUGUCGAUCGCAGCUCAUUGCAGGCAAAGAUCCCAUGAAAAGCAGUUUGCAAGUUUCUAAGGCUACAAAGACAAGCCUACAGGCCAUCUUAGAGUGGAAGACAGAGAAUGCCAAGGGCCUGCUUGAACUUUUUCGUUUGACAGGCCUAAGUGGAAAAUUGACACAGCAAGGAGUCUCCCUAUGCAUUAGUACUGCCUUUGAAGGAACUUACCUAGAUUCCUAUUAUUUAGACAUCCUUAUGCAACAUCCACUCCGGAUUCAACGCCAUUCAAUCCCAGUGUUCAUACCUCUGGAGCAAAUAGCUCAUCAGCAUUUGCAGAAAGACAUUAAGUGCUUUCUGUCUGUACUCUCAGAUCACCUGAAUGCUUAUGCUAGGAGGAAAUUCCAGGUAGACCAGUUACAGGAACAUUUUGCUGUUUUUCUUGAAGGAUGCAUGAAAGGAAAUUCCUUAUACAAUCAGUUGGAGUUUAACUACCGUGUGACAGAAGGUGGCAAUUUUCCAUUUACAGCAAAGAUCACUUACGGAAAUUCCGUGAAUGCCCUCCCAACCAAGGUCACUGUUGUAUGUAAAGCAGAAGAUGCACCAGCCUCUCUGGCUGAGAUGGCAGCGGCUCAUUUGGCUUUGUUCUAUGAGAAGCCUCUUCAAGAAGUUUUUAUUUCUAUCUCAGCCUCAGCUGAAAAUCUGAGUCAACCUAUUACACUGGCAUCAUCUUUCUACUCUACAUCUGGUGGCAGAAGAGUUCCCUCUGAGGCUGCUGCACAGUAAAUUCCACUACGGCCACCUCAAAAGAACAAAGAGCUCUUCCAAAUAGAGCAGAGAGUUUUGAAAUAAGGCCAAGGACUGCUGGGUAGCCAGUCUGCUUUGUAUCCUGUUCCACCAAAGGCCCUUGGUAGCACGUAUAAAUCACUUAACCCCUUCCCCUGCCUUUUCCUCUUAGGGAGAGGGGUGUAAACCCCCCACCCAAGCAGUCCUGUCUCAAACUAAUAAGGGAGCCAAAUCACGAUACAGUUACUCUAGUUUGCGAAACAAGGAAGACAAUCUAACAUAGCAAAUUGUCAUGAACUUAUUUUAACUUUUAUUCUACAAUAACAAUUUUGUAACUGGCCCAGUGUCUUUUGAUUUGGAUGGGCCACAAAAAUGUAAAUAAACCUUAAAUCUAAUACUUGCUCCUUUUUAAUGCCGUUUCAU